GCAUUAAUAUUCAUUUUUGCUCAACCCUCUUUAGUACCAAGGCAGUCCUUGAGCUACAGGACUCCAGAGUGAUUUACAUAGGCAUCAGUUACACAGUCUCUUUCUGAGGGCGCUCAAGCACAAUGAAAAAAAGUAUUUGGUCGAAGCUGAUUUAAAAUGCACUACUGACAUGGCCAACAGAACAAACUCAUCUGAGUACUUCUGGUCUUAUGAAUAUUACUGGGAUUACAUAGAUCCAAUUCCAGUAGAUGGAAGGAAGUUGAAAGUUAAUAAAUAUUCUAUUGUCAUAGCCUUUUGGGUUGGACUUGCUGCCUUUGUGAUGUUUCUUUUCCUUAUUUUGCUCUACAUGUCCCGCUCUGGCUCAAAUCCAGUUAAACAGGUGGUCGUAAGGAACCGGGUAGAAGAAAGCAGUUCCAACAGCGAGCAGCCUCACUGUGACAAUCUCAGCAGUCCAUUCCCAGAUUUGGUUGCUCCUGGAACACCCAGCUGCCUUCCAGAUGACAGUAGCAUUCAUGGAAGUAUGUCAGCCUGAGUUAAAACCAGUGAAACAGAAUCAGCAGGACAGUUCACCUGGCUGUGGAAACAAUUAGUACACUAGACUGCAGCUGAAUUAGUUCAGGAAAAGAACAACGAAGACCAAACCUGACAAAUUCUGGAUGCCUAAAAUGAAGAACCGUCUGCCAUAUUUGAGCAGCAUUGCUGGAGUUGUCUGAUUAGAAGGACAUUUUAGAUUGUGAUGAUGAUGACUGCAAAAUCUCUCUCUCAGUAAAGAUUCAAACUCUUCUCUCA